CUACCGGCCGGAUCGGGAUCGGGACCGGGACCGGGAUCAGGACCGGGAUCAGGACCGGGACAAGGGUUGGAACUGAAGAGAAAAUCCAGGAAGGGAGAUUACGUGACAGCAGCAGCACAGGGACGUCGAUUUUCUUCCAGAGUCUCAUCUUGUGGGAUCCAUCUGCAUCCCAAGCAUCCUCAUGAAGAAAAGAACCUUGGUGAACAGGGCAUGGCAACUCCAAGGAAAGAAGAGAUCCCAUUAGGUGCCAUGAAGGCGUUAGAUCCACGCCAGUUAAAGCCUGACAGCACAGAGACAGAAAGAAUCCUGACUGUCUUGGAUGAGACCAUUGUUAAGCUGGAGAUCACCAGGCUGAUCCUACGGAUUAUUGGCUCCCUGGAGAGGUAUGCUAAGAUGCUGGGACCUGAGAUCACAGGCAGCCUUCUGGAGCAUCAGAAGCUUUCAAUGGAAGUACAGCAGCUGCUGUCCAGCCCUGGAGAUGAGAAGAGCAGGAUAGCUGUGGAGCAACGCCUGAAACGUUCCCUGAGAAACAUCCUGAGGCUCUUCCUGGCCAACCCCUUGCUUUACCAUGGACUGAAAUACCAAGUUCUGCUGAGAGAGUCCCCAGCUGAUGUGUUUAUCAAAGCCUUUGUGCAGUUCCGGGAUUUCACGCUCGAGAGGCUCCUGACCAGUCCUGAGGAAGAGAAGGAAAAGAUUCGAUUCAUGGAGGACAUUUCCCUCCAGGUGGAGAAAAACACAGAAAUGAUCUCAGCUCUACAGGAAGAGCUCGCAGCAGCCAUCCAGACUCGAGAUGAGGAGGUUAAGAGGAAGGACGAAACAAUCGAAAACCUCAAAACCACCAUAGAAAAUCUGGCCAAGGGCUGCAAGGCUGACAUCCAGCAGAUCAUGAUGGAAACGGAAAAUCAGCAAAAAGAGGAUGAGAAAGCCUCCCGGGGCAGGUGUGCCAGGCUGCAGCGGGACAUCCAGCGGCUGAGAGCGCACUACAAUGCACUGGUGCUGAAGCAUCGGGCCUCAGAGCUGGUUCUCAGGAAGGAAAAGUGCAAAACAGAGAAGGAAAUUCAGAAAUGGGUCCAGAAAUACGACACAGACAUGUCAGAAAAACAGGCUGCCCUCGAGGAGCUGCAGGCUGCCUACAAGCAGGAGAAGGAGCAGCUGGCGGUGCUGAUGGAGAAGCACGCGCUGCUGCUGCCGGAGUACACCGAGAUCGAGGAGGAGCGCCGGCUGCUGAAGGAGAAGGAGGAGGAGGCUGCCCGGCUGGAGGCCAGGAGGAACGAGGCUGCCACCUGCAUCCAGGCCUACUGGAAAGGCUACUUGGUGCGCUCCAUCUACAGGUCAAAACUGAAAAAGGCCAAGGGCAAGGGCAAAGGCAAGGGCAAGAAAUAAAGCCCCAGAUCUCUCCUCUCUCCUUGG